AUGGCCCUGAUGCAUGUGCGGAGAUGCGCUGUGCCUUCCAAAAUGGCCGUUUUUAAUGGCGGCCAAAUCUUGCCGCCUAGGAAGUGCUGCGUGAAUCAAAUGCGCCUUAUCAUCUUGAGUGGGAGAAGAUACACAAAAUGGCUGGCAAGAAAAGCCAUGGUUCGUAAUUGGCUCUUUACCCAUAACAGGAGUGGGACGCUAACACGAGGACCCCUGUACAAUAGACAGGCCCCCGUAGGCAAAACAGUCACCCCUGUUCGAGGCAAAGACUGGGGCCUCGGCAGGGCUUCGACUAGGUAUUCAAGAGGCAUCCGCGGGAUUCAUGUCGGGCACUUCAGUUCGUCUUACUUGUCAAGAGCCCGCUGGGGAAAAAGCGGACUUAGCAGAUGCUUGAUAGCGGAUGGUGAUAUCGAGGUACAUGUUCCAAGCAUCGCACGGGUAAGGUGGCCCAUUUUACCGUCGAUGUGCUGA